AAUAAAAGUAGUUGAGCUACAAAAUCCAGACCAAUGCUCCAUUAAUUCAAUUUGGUCAAUCCCCUUUUAGUUUCAAGAAAGUUUUGAUUCUUUCUACAAGUAGAUAUACCUAACAAAUCUUAAAAUAUGUUGUCAUUUCCAAGAUACAUAAUUCGCCAGAAGCUGCAUUAGCAUUUGAUAAACAUUCUUUGGAUUUUGUUCAUUGCAAGUACAAUAUAUUAUUUCUCUAAACUUGGAAUUAAUGACAGCAAAUUAGCUAUCAUGGCCUUGAUAAAACAUGCUUUUCUGAAUUAUCCUUGCCUGAUCAAGCCAGAGGUGAUCAAGAAUCAUGACAGUGUGGGCAUCCCAGUAGCAAAAUUCGUGGGCAAUUCGAGGUCCGAUGGUCGAAAUCUUAGGCGCUUUUUGAGGGUGAAUGCAACAACAGGCCCUCCAAGAAAUGUUCAAACAAUUAAUGGAAACAAAGUAAAUGGGAUUUAUGUUGAUGGGAUACCAUCUUUUGCACAAGAACAGUGUCCAUCGGUGAAAGAAAAUAGCAAUGAGGAGCCAAAUCAUGAGUAUCUUCUUGGAAGAUUCGUUGAAGACAGGUUUGUGUAUAGACAGUCGUUUAUUAUCAGGUCCUACGAAAUUGGACCAGAGAAGACUGCGACCAUGGAAACCAUUAUGAAUCUUCUUCAGGAGACAGCUCUGAAUCAUGUAACAAGCUCUGGUGUGUCUGGAAAUGGUUUUGGUGCAACUCGUGAGAUGAGCCUCCGGAAACUCAUUUGGGUGGUCACUCGCAUUCAUAUCCAAGUCGAGAAAUAUAGCUCCUGGGGCGAUGUUGUUGAGAUUGAUACUUGGGUAGCUGCAGCAGGUAAGAAUGGAAUGCGUCGAGACUGGGUAAUUCGAGACUACAACACCCAAAAGAUUAUAACAAGGGCAACAAGCACAUGGGUGAUAAUGAACAGAGAAACAAGAAGGUUAUGUAAAAUCCCAGAUGAAGUAAGAGAAGAAGUCCAGCCCUUUUACUUGAACAGAGUUUCAAUAUCCACAGAAGAUACUGAUAGCGAAAAGAUCGAAAAAUUGACUGAUGAAACAGCAGAAAGAAUCCGAUCAGGUCUAGCUCCUCGAUGGAAUGACAUGGAUGCUAACCAGCACGUCAAUAAUGUCAAAUACAUAGGAUGGAUUUUGGAGAGCGUGCCCAUCAAUAUCUUAGAGGACUAUAAUCUCACAAGCAUGACAUUAGAAUAUAGACGUGAAUGCACUCAAUCCAAUGUUCUCGAGUCCCUAACAAGUAUGAAACCAGACGGAAAAGAUGACCAAGAAGGCAGCUCAAAAUUGGUAGUAAAGAAUGAUAAGAAAGGUUGGGAAUGCACGCAUUUGCUUCGCAUGGAAGCUGAUCAGGCAGAGAUAGUCCGAGCAAGAUCAGUAUGGCAGUACAAACAACAUCGCCUUAUCAUUUGAUUUUCAAGCCAAAUCCAUAGUAUGGAUCUACAACGAUUGCUUUUGCUUUUCUUUAUACCGUCUUAGGUUCCUUUUUUGUUUCUUCAUUUUUCCCUUUUUGGUAGUGUCUUCCACUAUUGGAACCCAUACACAGGUCCUUUCUUGAAACGUAUGUAAAUUGUUGGAUACAUUAUUUGUUUGUACUUUUUGAGAAUAAUUGAGAGUUCUAUGAAAAGGUAUGAGGUGCUU